AUGGCAGCUGUAGAUGACUUGCAGUUUGAAGAAUUUGGUGAUGUAGCCACUGCUCUAGCAGCAAACCCAGAUGCCACCACCAUAAACAUUGAGGGUCCUGGUGAAUCUCCCAAGAGGCCAGGACCCCCAAGAGGCUCUGGGAGAGAAGAGGAUGACGAAUUACUGGGAAACGAUGACUCUGACAAAACUGAGUUACUUGCUGGACAGAAGAAAAGCUCCCCUUUCUGGACAUUUGAAUAUUAUCAGACAUUUUUCGAUGUAGACACUUUCCAGGUCUUUGACAGAAUAAAAGGGUCUCUUUUGCCAAUACCAGGAAAAAACUUUGUGAGGUUAUAUAUUCGCAGCAAUCCAGAUCUCUACGGCCCCUUUUGGAUAUGUGCCACAUUGGUCUUUGCCAUAGCAAUUAGUGGGAAUCUUUCCAACUUCUUAAUCCAUCUGGGAGAGAAGUCAUACCAUUAUGUACCCGAAUUCCGAAAAGUGUCCAUAGCAGCCACAGUCAUCUAUGCCUACGCCUGGCUGGUUCCCUUCGCACUCUGGGGUUUCCUCCUGUGGAGAAACAGCAAAGUGAUGAACAUCGUUUCCUAUUCGUUUUUGGAGAUUGUGUGCGUCUAUGGAUAUUCACUCUUCAUUUAUAUCCCCACAGCAAUACUGUGGAUUAUCCCCCAGAAAGCUGUUCGUUGGAUUCUAGUCAUGAUGGCGCUGGGCAUCUCAGGCUCUGUCUUGGCAAUGACCUUUUGGCCAGCCGUUCGUGAGGAUAAUCGGCGAGUCGCAUUGGCCACAAUUGUGACGAUUGUGUUGCUUCACACGCUGCUUUCUGUGGGCUGCUUGGCAUACUUUUUUGAUGCACCAGAGGUGGACCAUCUUCCAACAACUGCAGUUGUUCCAAACCAAACCGUUAUAGCAGCCAAGUCCAGCUGA